CGGUGAUCCACUGCUACUAAAUACGGAAGGCCGUUAAGCGAAAGCUUCUGUUCCAUCCAUAGUCAUUUGAGCUAUUUGAAUAUAUCUUGUCCUUGUAGUUUGGCGGUAUUUGAGAAUGUCGCGCCUGUUUUUCUAUAAUCAGAUCAAAGAAGUGAUUAACCGUUUGCCUCCUCAUUAUAAGAAAAGGUAUUUACAGAAUCAGCAUGAGUUGGCCAAUGAAAGAGUGUGCAAUUCAUCACUACGUAAACACGAAACAGGAAUUGCGCUUCCUAGUUCGUAUUUUGAUACUCCUAUGAAAAUUGUCUAUCCUCCUGAGUCUCAAAAAUGCCUAUGGGGUGGUGAGGGUAUUAUUCAGGGCUACUGGGAGAAAAAAACACCGAGGCCAAGAUUUCCCAAGACAUGGAGUCCUCUUCUCAUGGAAAACUUAUUUCAUAGUGAGAUUCUAGACCGUUGGAUGAUUAUAAUAGUAACAGAUAGCGCCCUAAGACAAAUCGAAAAGGCUAGUGGAUUUGAUUUCUAUAUACUCUCGACUCCAGAAUCAAAACUUAAAAGUAGGCUUGGAAUGCAUUUAAAAAGAGAUAUGUUGGUAACGCUCGCAAAGGCGAAGAUGAAUGGUAAGAUGAAAAAAAGCUGGGAAAAGUAUUCUAAAUUUAUUAUACCUUUGGAAGAAGCUGAGUGGAUUGGUUUAACACUCGAAGAAGCUGUUAAAAAACAAAUGAAAAUGGAACAUGAAAUAUCCAGAAGUCAGCUAAAGCCACUAAAAUUCAGUCUAGCAGAAAAAUUGAUUGAUAGUUUAAGAAACCCUGUCAAGGAUGAGAAAGAUAAGGAUGAAGAAAAUCCGUCCAGCUACUCGUCUCGGAUUUUCAGUUGAUAAACCUUUGACAAUGAACAAAUAUGAUAUGUCUCUUUUCUCAGAGAAGUUCAGAUAACAAGGAAUUCCUUAUCAUCUUGUGUCUACUUUGUAUGUAUAGUCGCUAAAAUGAUUUUUGAAAAAUCUACUGUUUGCAACUGUUGUUUGGAACUUGAAUUGUUUAGUAAAUAAAUAUUUUAUUAUAAGGUUAGGUAAUAUUGCUAAUGUUGUUGUGCGACCGAAAUACUUUUUUUAAAAAAGUGUAUGUAACCAAUGUCUGCUCUACUUUACCUUGUACGGUCUGAUCAACAUACGGAAUUUAUGUAACUCAUCGUCUACAAAUAAUUGAAAGAGGAAUUUAAUAAACAAUUAGUCAACAAACUUCAAACCCACUAGAAUGAAUGUUUUAACUACAUACAUCAAGACAAAUAUUCCGUCCUUGUCUCAAUUGCAUAAUAUCUAAAGUGUAUUUUGGAUUAUGAUUUUAGCCAUUACGUUUUCUGUAUAACAAAACUGUGAGUAAAAUUCUAUUGAUAAUUAUUCUUUGUUUGGACAUCUUUCAUUACACAAACGUUUUAUUAGAAUAUGUUAAGAAUGGAGUUUAAAACCCUAGAUGGGAGCACAUUUAAUUUUUCUUUAAACUACGUUACUAAUAAUAGAUGCUUAGGCCCUGAUAAGUUGUAGUGUAUAAAAUGUUAUUGGUUAUUAAGUGUGGACAAAUAGGCAUUCUAUUUACUGACUAUAGAAUAUGUGAUUUCCUUUCCUCCAAUAAUUGAUUUCGACUCCGGACUCAAUGAAAGUGACUAUUUGUGAUUAUGUAGAAUAAAGCAUUUCUAGCGUUACUCUGCUUUUCCC